UAUUGUCAGCUUUUGACAGCACGUCAAAUGUAAAAACAUUGGUUUUAUACAGAAGCAUUAUUUUUUAUCUUAUAUAUUUUUAUGUUUUACACCUUUUACCAUAGUUACAUCAAAAAGGUCAUGUGAAAGAAGAAUACGAUGUCUCGUUACGACAGAGCGGUGACGGUAUUCUCUCCUAACGGCCAACUGCUUCAAGUCCAAUACGCUCACGAAGGAGUAAAGAGGGCGUUCGCGUCCGUGGGGAUACGAGGGCCGAAUGUCGUUGUACUAGCCGGGGAGAAGAAAGCAGUAGCAAAACUGCAGGAAGACAGGAUAGAGAAGAAGAUAUACCCGCUGGACGAGCAUUUGGGGUUGGUGUUUUCUGGGUGGACCGCUGAUGCCAGAGUUAUGGGUUCAAGGGCACAAAUCGAAUGCCAAUCCUACCGGGUUAUGGUAGAAGACAUGGUGACCGUCGAGUACAUAGCGCGUUACAUCGCGGGCCUGAAGCAGAAGUAUACUCAAAGCAAUGGCCGCCGGCCCUUCGGUAUCUCGUGCAUCGUUGGAGGGUUCGACUGCGACGGAACACCACAUCUGUUCCAGACCAACCCUUCGGGGACAUAUUGCGAGUGGCAGGUAUAUAUUCUUUGUUUGAACAGCCGCAAGUCUGAUUACUUUUUUCCGGUGGUUGGUUUUCGUAGUCUAUAA